GCAUGGCCUCAGCCUGGAGCGAUUGCUGGAUGAGGAGUCCCCGAUCGAGAUCUGCGCAUAUGACGACCUCUUCGGCCUCGAGGCAGCGGGGGCGGAGCUUUCGGAGGCCGAGCGCGAGGCGGUGGCGCACCGCAAGAUUGAGGUCGAGCAGACCAUCAAGCGCGCCGUCCUGGAGUCGUUCGGCGCGGUCAAGUCGCGAGCCAAGGAGCUAGCGGAGGAGCAGCGCGCCUCCUGCGGCGCGGACACACCAGGCGGCUCAGCACCCGCCCCGGCUGCGUUGGCGAGGGCCAGCGACUUGGCAGCCGCCUGUCGGGGCGAGAGCCAG